AUGGUUGCCGUCACAGUCAAUGAGGAGGAUCCUGCCUGUGAAGACGACGCUGCAUUGAAAAUCGGCAAUCUGUCGAAUUUCAGCUCUUUCGACACGCCUGCUAAGACUCUGAUGCAAACGAAGACAGAACAAUCGUCCUUUAGCUUCGACAAGGUCGUUGUCGAUUCCAAAAUGGAAGGCUCGAUAGAAGGAGAGGAGCAUAGUGUGGGGAUCAGAGUUAACGAAGGACACCACGAUCGUAGUCCUGAGAAAGGCAGCUCAGUCCAGUAUACAUUCGGGAGACCAAGUCUUGCGAGCUUUGUGCGCAAACCCGUUGAGGCGUCGGCAGGAGAAACCUCCGUUACAAUCUGUGGGGGCAAGGGCGUGACCUCCACGGUACGAAAUUGUGUAGCUACGUUAUCAGAUGAACGGGCAGUUCAUAAAGGUACCGGUGCGCAGGGUAUCCAUCUUCAUGUCGAGGAGUAUGGAUUGUGA